AUGGCUAUGCUGAAUGAUGUCCUUAUAGUUUUACCUUCGAAAGAGAGCUGGCGGAGCGGCGCAGAGGGCUCCGAGGAGCUGCUGCGCGUGCUGCGUGAGACCGUGGAGCCGGCGGCGCUGGAGCGGCACCUGCCGCAGCUGCUGCACCUGAUCGGCUCGCUGCUCGGCUCGGACAACUUCAAGGUGACGCUGUCGGCGCUGGAGAUGUACCGGGUGCUGGCCGACCGGCUGCAGCUCGCGCUCAGCCCCCUGCUCAGACAGGUAGUGGACGCGCUGGUCGGCCAGCUCGGCAGCGGCCGGCUGGUGGUGCGCACUGAGUGCUACCGCGUCUGGCGCCACCUGAUGCGUCAGCUGGGCGCCGAGCCGGUGCUUACCCUGCUGCGCGUGCAUCUGACGCACCGAGACGCCUCUGUGCGCGAGCACGUGCUCAACGUCAUCAUCUAUGCGCUGCUGACGUUUCCGGCGAGCUCGUUCAACCUGACGCGGCUGGCGGAGCACGUGGCGCCUACUCUGGCUGAUGAGAAGCGGCGCGUGCGGCAGGCGGCGCUCGAGUGCGUGGCCCUGCUGGGUCAGCUGGCAGGCUCGGCUGGCAGCGGGGCGCUCACCGAGGCCUGCCAGCGCCUGGAGCGGGCCGGCCACGCGGGUGUCAGCGGCGCCGUGUCGGUGCGUCUGCAGCGGAAGCAGCUGCCGCGGCUGACAGAGGACGGUCUGGUGGAAUAUUCUCUGCAGCUGCCCGGCCCCAACGGACCGCGCAGCUCUCUGCGCCGGCCUCCCAGCGGGGCCGAUGUCGACUGGAUCAUGCAGGGUCGUGGUCCGACCAGCGCCGGCUCCGGGGGGAGGUUCACGGCCGAACGGCACGUGCUCUUUUCGGACGCACUGCAGCGUCACCAGCGUACCCAGGAGCUCUACUCAGCCUCCUUCCCCACCACCCCCAGCGGUUAUCGUCCCACCCGAUGGAAUGAAAUGCCGAUGCUGAGUCGAGCCAAGUCAGAUCAUGAGAUACAUCGAGCCAAAAAGGGAAGCGCGUUGGAUCGACUCUGGCAGGCAGACAUCUCCACGAACAGAGGGUUCUCCGUCCUGCCCAGCAAGUACAGCGCCGACCGGGCCGGGUGGGACUACUCAUCGACGCCGUCUCCGCCGCGCGACAGUCUGGGCCGUCCGUACAAGGGCUCCCCAACGAGCCGGCCGAUUCUGGAGCCGCUGUCCGGCGGCCACCCUCGUCCACAUGAUACCGAUGCCACUCAAUUUACUGGAACAACUUUUGGAGGAGCAUCCGAGCGCAACAAAGAGCAGUCAAAAUAUCAUCGCCUUCCAUCCCACCGUGAAGUUCUUACAAUCAAAAGAUCACCAGAACCAGUUGGAGACGAACUAAAUCAAACACUUCAGCUGGCGGAACGGUCGCACCUGGUGUACGAAAAAGGUGGCGUCGGGCCCUCUAAACCCAACCCGCUGCAGGGGAAGUCGACCAGCUCCGCGCCCCAGCCGCCCGGUCACCGCUACAGCUACCACGGUGACAGUCCGAGCAGCACCAGCCUGUCUCCGACCCCCGGCGGACGCCGUAUCAGCUAUGGCGGUACGGACCAGGUGGACAGAGCGCUGCGGGCUCCGACCAAACACUCCCAGUUCGCCUUCACGGCCGAUGACCACUCCGGUUCUAGUGACGAGGACCCCAACGGCAUCACGCUGUCCAACACGACUCGCAGCAAGCUGAAGCUGCUGACGAAGCGGAAUGAGAUGCGGAAGGGCCUGGAGCGGGCCGGCCAUCGGGAGCCGGCUGAUCCUCACCACGCGCACAAGGAGGAACGGGUCCGCAACGGCCGCCACCCGGAGACCGAGGGCGUGAACGGCGCCGUCCACUCCCGGCUCGCGGUGAGAAGAAACAGCCAGCUGACGGUGCCUGCUGCCAACGGGCCUCCCACCCUGAGCUCCCCGCGCCAGGCGCCGCCGAGGCGAGCUGUCAGCCACGAGAGGACGCACCUCGCGCGGCCCGGAGCGCACGGACCUCACCUAUCCGGCCCAGAGAAGCAGCCGCACGCGCCCCCCAGCCCCAGCAUAGAGCGCAAGUCUGGCAGCAUGCAAAACCUGGCCACCCACCGACCGAAACAGCCCACACUGCCAAAGUCAAAAACGUUCGGCGCCGACAUGAACAAGUCCAGCGUACCGGGCAGCGCCAGCUCGGUGUUCGGUCAGCAACUGGAGCGGUUCGCCAACCCGCGGCAGGCGCUGGACGAGGCCUACCGCAAACUCAACUCGGACGACUGGGAGCGCGAGGUAGCGGGUCUGACUGACCUGGUGCGUCUGUUCCGACACCAUCCGGAUACAGUCAGCGGCGACCUCAAGACCGUCGUGGCCGCCAUCGUGAAGCAGAUGAAAAACCUGCGCUCUCAGGUGCUGCGCGCCGCCGUGCAGACCAGCGCCGAGAUGUUCCAACACGUCGGCAAGGCGGCAGAGCCGAACAUGGAGAGCAUGGUGGCCAUCCUCCUACAGAAGACCAGCGACACCAACAAGUUCAUCAAGGCCGACAGUAACCGGGCGCUGGACUUGAUGCUAGAGAACGUCUCCGUGUCGCGCGCCGUGGCAGUGGUGAUCGGGGAGGGCCUGGGCCACCGGAGCAGUCAGGUGCGAGCCACAGUGGCCCGACUGCUGGCGGCCGUGGUCACCCGACUCGGUCCUGCCGGCUCACUGGGUGGACAGAAGGACAUCACGGACAAACUGGUGCCGGCUGCCGCCCAGCUGGUCAGAGAGGGAGACCUGCAGACACGGAUUCAUGCCAAAGAGAUAUUCCACGUAUGGCUUCAGCAUCCAGACUUGGACAAAGUACUAAGCAAAUAUUUGAACAGCACCGUGAAGAGAGACAUCGACAAAGUGAUUGACAACAUGCGGAACGAGGUACCGGCGGCGGCGGCGACUCUGAAGAGUGUCUCCCUCACCCUGGUGUCCUGACCUGCGCCUGUCCGUCCAUCCUACGUCCUGCUGCACCGCACCACAGCCAAGCCUCAUCCUUUCUCCGCACCACAGCCGUGGUUCUAAGAAGAAAACGUCUGCUCCAGGAAAACGUGGCUUUGGCAGUAAGGUUCGACUAAACCGAACAAUGUAAUAGCGCACUUCACAAAGAUACAGCAUGGACUACGGCUGGUUCAAUGGACAUCCACAUUAAUUCAUCGCAUACCGAACUCUUCUGCUAGUGUAGUGCUAGCCAGCGCUAGUGGCACUUGCGCUACAAGAUCGGUUGGUGACAGUGAUCGGAAGAAUGUGAACUGACCGGAAGGUGAAGACCGUAGAAAUUGAAUAUUAUCCGUCCAGAAGUUUCGGACACUGGCUGAAGGAACAGUGGCUGUUGGUGCGGGGAUUGUUGGUGCGGUAGCUGUUGACCGGGAUGACUGUUGGCCGGCGAUGGCUGUUGGCAGCCAUUGGCUGCUGGUCGGCCAUGGUUGUUGGCUGGCGGCUGGCUGACUUACAUCAGCUGCAGGUGCACUGACUGUGAGUGCAGCGACUGGGGAAUGGUGGGUUGAGAUGGAGCGGUGGCCGGACGCGGUGGCUGGGGUUUUCAGUGAUCGCAUUCCACGCACAUUCAUGUGCUGAGGGACUGAUAAACGACGCUAGUCAACAGUGCGGUGAUCGGAGGGUCAGUAUAGGGAGCAGCAGUGGCCAGGGCGUGGCCAGGCACGCCCUGCGCCGAUAGGAACGGCAGAGCCGCGGUCGGCAAUGUCUGACGCCGGGACCGGCGCCGGGUACCGCCGAGCCGCCCACAAAUUGUUGAGUCUUUGUAGUGUGUUUUAUGAAUUAGCGUGGCGGUAUGCCAGAGGAAUGAGGACACAGCGCGCUCUAUUUUGUGUACGUUAGCGCGGCUCGAUGCUAGCUGAUGUUUUGUAGGUGUGGCUCCCAUACUCCACUGGAUAUGAUCCGUCCACUUGUGCCACGAAAUCAAAUACAACUUUCCUCUCGA